UGCCGGUUCCUCGUUUUCUUUGACGUCAUAUGAACACCUCUUGUCAGCACAGCUUAAAUCUAGAGGUUGCUCAGGGGGUCCUGAAUUUGGCCCUCUUGUCUUUGGAGAAUACUUGGCUCUAGAGUGCGCAGGAACAACGGGAUAGUAGUGAUGCAUAUAUGGCGGGUGAACAAUGACGAUGACUUUGCUAUACCGUACUGGGACUGGAGUGGUGCACCCAACUGUGAGAUUUGUACUGAAGAAUAUAUGGGGAAGAAUUCGCCUUCUCCGCCUCAUAACAUCCUAGGCGAGUUUUCUGGAUGGAAGGAUCUAUGCUCUGAUUUUCAACGUUUCCAUGAUAUUGGCUUGAUUUGUAGUAACAACGAGGUUUCGAAUCUGCCGAGUAUUACACGAAAUCCCGGUGGUGACAGUCUUUUAGACGAGUUGCCUUCUCUAGAAGCACUUUAUUAUACGUUGAGUAUGACUGAUUAUGAUACAAGACCGUUGGUACCAACAUUGAAUGUGUCGAUUACCUCUCCUUGUAGUUUUCGGAAUAUUCUAGAAGGAUUUGCUGAUUCGGAAAGACAGAGUGGUCUGUUCACACCAUUUGGAUCACAAUCACAUAACCAAGUACAUAGUUACAUGAACGGUACAAUGGGUGUCGUGGAAACGUCUCCAAAUGACCCUAUGUUCUGGCUGCAUCACUCCAAUGUAGAUAGAAUUAUGGAGAAAUGGAUACGACGUUACAACGCAAACACGACCCACUAUCCGAAGGACAGCACACCAGUAGGACACGAUGCGGAUUCAUAUAUGGUACCAUUUUUCCCAGUAAUGACAAAUGGAGAAUUCCUGCAGAAAUCACAAGUAUUCGGAUACACAUACGACAAUAUAGAUUCACAAGGCAAACCGGUUAAUAGACGUGAGAGGAUAAGAGAGGGGCGUGCCAUUAAUGGUAUGCAAGAAUGUGUAGUGCCAAUACUUGAUAACGAUCUAUAUUGUAAGUAUUAUUGA